AUGGUUGCGCAAUCGCUGGCCUCGCUAUUGCAGCGGGCAUCGAUUGAUGACCACGAGGAAGUCCUCCAGUCGUGCAAUGCAGUCCUCACAAAAUCAAAGUCCGAUUUGCAAGCGCAGCACAUGAAAGUUGUUGCCCUAUUGAAGCUUGACCGUUACGAAGAAGCUCUCAAGACAUUCCAGGCCGGAGGCGAUGCGCUGAAGCAGAGUGCAAGCUUGGAAUACGCCUAUGCAUCAUACAAGUGCGGGAAGCUUGAAGAAGCCACAAAGGCCUUGAAUUGCACAUCGUCUGGGCGUGGUGCUAGUCACCUCGAGGCACAAGUGCGCUAUCGUGCCGAGAACUUCCGACGGGCAGCCGAGAUUUACGAACAACUUUCGAAGGAUACGACAUCUUUCGGCCACGAGAUUAACGACCUGAACAUCAAUUCGUGGGCUACCGAUGCCCAGCUUCAAUGGAAAGGGGAGACGGAAUUCGUGCGCCACGACCGACUAUCGAGGGAGGACUUGGAAUCAUUCGAAACAACCUACAACGCAGCUUGCCUGAACAUUGCAAAGGGAGCAUUCAAGCAGAGCGAGGUCUUGCUCAACCGAGCUCAAAAUAUCUGCCGGACAUCGGAGGACCUUACACUCGAGGAAAAGGCCGCAGAGCUGCUGCCAAUCGCAGUGCAGCAACUUUAUGUCCUGAUUCAACUUGAAAAGUUUGAAGAGGCCGAGGCGGUUCUCAAAGAUAUCUCCGUGGACAACAUUACUGAGUUGUCAACCAAAAAAAUUGCCCGCAACAAUAUUGUCCUCGCUCGUUCGACUGCUGUCAAUCCCUACGUCCUAUACAAGGCUCUCCAUGACACUCCAGAUGCCACAGACAACGAUCGGUUGUUUGAAUUCCAAGAUCGUGAUCUGGUGGGGAACUCUCACGCCGCAGAUCUUCAUGUCCAGAAAUACGAUGGCAUAAUCCGGUCCACAGCCAAGGCACAGUCAACACGUUCAAGCCCAUCUACCAACACCAUCACCAACCUUCUCUCUGUAUACAAUGCCGCAGCACACGCGGAAGGCGAAAUCGGCUCUAAAGCGCUUAGACAUAUCGUCCCAUUGCUGGAGCGACGGCCCACAGACAUCGGGCUUCUUCUGACUGUGGUACAGCUCUAUGUCAGUAUCGGCAACACUACCUCUGCUAUCACAGCCAUGGAGCGAACCCUUCACAGCCUCGAGGGGUCAAACGAGUCCGUCCGCUUCAACCCAGGCCUUCUUAGCAUCCUCGUCUCCCUGUAUCAGCGCGAAGGUCGCAUGAUCCAGAUCCGCACCACCCUCGCACAAGCCGCCUCCUAUUGGCGCACGAAGCCCGAGCCCCCUGCGUCCCUCCUCCGCGCAGCAGCAGCUUCCCUCCUGCACUCUGAAGACCGUACCGACCUAGCCACAGCCGGUGAUAUAUUCCGUGCACUGCGCCAUCAAGACCCCAAUGACCGCGUCGCCAUUGCCGGCUAUGUCGCUUCACAAGCAACCCUGGAUUAUGCGCAGGUCGAGUCCGAGCUGAACCGCCUGCCGGCAGUCAGCGACCUGAUUGCUGACAUUGACGUCUCAGCUCUAGAAUCCGCCGGCAUCUCUCCUUCCGCCUCCUCGGUUGCCGCGGCCGCUGCUGCCUUUGCUGGUGCCCGAAAGCGCACCGCAGCUAGCGACGAUCGCGCCAACAAGCGUGUUCGCAAGUCCCGUCUGCCCAAGGACUUCGAUCCCGCCAAGAAACCAGACCCGGAGCGCUGGCUGCCUGUGCGUGACCGCUCUUCUUACAGGCCCAAGGGCAAGAAGGGUAAGCAGCGUGCUGCGGCACUCACACAGGGUGGUCCUGUCAAUGAGAAGGCGGAAGAGUCUCCCGCCCAGCAGCAGCAAAAGUCAGGCGGUGGCGGUGGCGGCUCUAAUGCUAAGAAGAAUAAGAAGAAGGGCAAGCGAUAG